GCGCACCGUGUUCAUAUUGCGCUGGCAGAAUUGGCACUUCCGUUCGAAGAGGAGAUCAUUGACUACAGUAAGCCGAGAACGCCUGAGUAUCUCGAGAUCAAUUCUAGUGGGAGGGUACCCGCAAUGAUAUACAACGGCCACAUCAUCAUUGAGUCGGCUAUUAUCGCGCAGUUUCUGGCCGAUUCAGUGGCAUCGACGCACUUGAUUCCACGAACUGGAGAAGCCCAAGGAGCCCUCGUGCGUGAGAGGAUCGCUUUCUUUGUCGAAACUUAUUUUUCAAAGGCCAAGAUCUACUACUACCGGGCAAUAGAAGCCAGAACUGAUGAAGAUGCCGAGGACCUGGGCAAGCGUUAUUUUGAUGCCGUCGUCACAGACGUUGAGCCUCUCUUGCGGGACGCGAGACCGUUCUUCAACGGCAGCAACAAGCUGACUGUGGCCGAGGUCCUGACGGCCUCAUUUAUCAUGCGCAUUUUCAUGCUGCCCUUCACCGAAGAUGCACCACUGCCAAAAUCCAUGAUAGUUGGUCUAGCAGAAAAUGCGCCGAAUUUCUACGUGUGGGCCCAGGCCACCAUGAAGCAUCCGUCUGUAAAUAGCAUCUACAACAGAGAUGUUUGUGCGGCCGAGAUGCGUGAUCGACGAGAGAAGGCUCGUGCUUUGGCAUAA